UUUGCUUUUGCUUGCUCUCGCUCGCUCUCGUCGUAUAAUACGCACGUAACGUAGCAUCAAAUUAUUUUGUGAAGUCUUUAUUUAUUUUAAUUUAUUGUAUUAUUGGCAUUUAUUUACUUAAAAAUUAAUUAUAAGAAUUAUCUACAAUGUUAACUGUGUAAAUAAGAAACAAAAGGUACUUAAAGUACCAGUACCUGAGUAGCGUAACUGCAAAUUAAAAUUAUUUUGUGUUUGGUGCUUUUACUUCAUACCGUGUAAGCAACAUAAUCCACAAUGGCGGAAGCACAUUCGGCGGUGGCGUUCUCGUUCGCGAUAACCCACGACGGGUGGGAUGUCAACUUUGACCGGGAGGUGUUGUACCUGGUGUGGGAGUCGGGACUUAGGUCCUGGAGGAAGCGGCUGGCCAGGUUCAGGAACAGCGUCCACAAUGGAGUAUACCCUGGGCACCUGCAAUCGCUUUAUGUCUUGUGGACAUUGCUCGUUGCAGCCCAUUUUGGGGGAUUCAACAUACCAUUUGGUUUAGUACAAAAAGCUCUCACUAUUAUGCCCGGGGAUUCCACGAUGUGGCAAGUGAUAGCUUGCUUGGUAGCUGCGCUGACCAUGUGGCUAUCCGUCAUAUUCAUGAUGAGAUAUCUUCUCAAACUACUGCUGAUGUACAAGGGUUGGAUGUAUGAAUCACGAGCGCCAGGUGCAAAGAUAUCCAGGAAGACAUUACUGUGGAUCGCCGUGGUGAAGGUCCUCUCCGGGUGGAACAAACCCAAGCUGUACAGCUUCCAGGGCUCCCUGCCCAGACUGCCAUUGCCUUCUGUCAAAGAUACUAUGAAACGGUACCUGAUAAGCGUACGUCCAUUACUAGACGACGAGAAUUACAAACGCGUAGAGAGAUUGGCCAAUGAGUUUGAGCAGACUAUAGCUGUGAAACUCCAGCGGUACCUCAUCCUGAAGUCCUGGUGGUCGAGCAAUUACGUGUCCGACUGGUGGGAGGAGUACGUGUACUUACGUGGCAGGUCGCCCCUCAUGGUGAACUCCAACUUCUACGGCAUAGACGCGAUCAUGAUCAGGCCGACUAAGAUACAAGCGGCGAGGGCGGCCGUGAUCAUACAUUUGGCGCUGAAGUUCAGGAGGCUGAUUGAUAGGCAGGAGUUGGAGCCGAUAAUGCUACAAGGCAUGGUGCCCCUCUGCUCGUGGCAGUACGAGCGUAUCUUCAACACGGUGAGAGUCCCCGGCAUUGAGACGGACAAGAUAGUGCACUACCAGGACUCGAACCACAUCACCGUGUACCACAAGGGCCGCUACUUCAAGCUCAUGGUCUACUCCAGGGGGCGGCUUUUGCAGCCCGCCGAACUGCAAAUACAAAUCCAACAAAUCCUAGAUGACAAAUCGGAGCCAGUUAUCGGUGAAGAGCGAUUGGCAGCCCUGACCGCCGGCGACCGCACGCACUGGGCCCAUAUCCGGACGACUAUGUUCAACCGUGGUCACAACAGGACUUCCCUUCACUGUAUUGAGCGGGCCGCCUUCAAUGUAUGCCUUGAUGACAUUGAGUAUGGUUAUGAUGAGUCUGACCCUACUUCCCUGGAGAAACAGGGUCGCAUCCUACUCCACGGGAAAGGUCACGAUCGGUGGUUCGACAAGUCGUUCAACCUGUGCUUCAGCACCAACGGCUCGCUUGGUUUCAACGCUGAGCAUACAUGGGCGGACGCUCCAGUUAUGGGUCAUUUGUGGGAAUACGUUAUAUGGUCCGAGUUGGAAGUUGGUUACGCCCCAGACGGCAAUACCCUGGGCACGGUGGAGGCUCCACCCCCGCCGCCGAUCCGCCUGCAGUGGGAACUCAACAAUGAGGAGCUCCUCAAAGGGAUAGACGUGUCCUAUAAUGUCGCGCAGAAACUGCUGAACGAUGUCGAUCUGAGGAUUCUCAUGUACACCAAAUAUGGAAAAGGAUUCAUGAAGACAUGCCGAGUAUCCCCUGACGCGUUCAUCCAACUGAUUCUCCAAUUGUCAUACUACCGCGACGCCGGAAGGUUCUGUCUUACUUACGAGGCUUCCAUGACCAGGAUGUUCCGUGAAGGUCGCACUGAGACCGUCAGACCUUGCACCAUUGAGAGCUCAGCCUGGGUUAAGGCUAUGCAGGAUCCUGACGCUACGGUGGAACAAAAAAUAGAGUUAUUCCAGAAAGCUUCCCAGCGUCAUCAGAUAGGAUACCAGGACGCGAUGUCCGGCCGGGGCAUAGACCGGCACCUGUUCUGCCUGUACGUGGUCUCCAAGUACCUGGAGCUGGAGUCGCCCUUCCUCCAGGAGGUGUUCAACGAGCCCUGGCGUCUUUCCACCAGCCAGACACCCCACGGUCAAACAAACCUCCUCGACUUGAAGAAGUACCCCAAAUGUAUCAGCGCUGGCGGCGGCUUCGGUCCAGUUGCCGACGACGGCUACGGAGUCUCCUACAUCAUCGUUGGUGAUGACACCGUUUUCUUCCACGUCUCCAGCAAGAAGAGUUGCCCCAUUACGAGUUCGUCGAAUUUCGUCAAACAGAUCGAGGGCUCGCUACAGGACGUCAAAGAUCUAUUCUUGGAGUAUAAGAAACUCAAAAACGGUGUUAAUAACUCUUAAUUAGGCCUAUAUUGUUUUAGAGUAAUAUUCAAAUUUCGUUGUUGUUUCAAUUGUGUAGUUUAUAAAUAUUUUUCCUAAGCUCUGAUUGUGUUGACACGACACGACAAACUUUAUACUUGUUUCUCAUGGGGGUAGGCAGAGACGAUAGUUUCCACUUUUUACUAAUCCUUUUCACGUAUAACCAAGGUGUAUGUCGAUCUUCCCUCUCUUUCUGUCUCAAGGAUUUAAAAAGAGAGGGAUAGAUAUAUGCUUCGUGAACGUUCGUUAUUGACCCCUGUGUGUUCUUUCUUUACUAUCACAUAAUAAAUACUCGCCACUUUCCCGAAAGGGUAGGCAGAUGAGUAAGAAAUACCGGAAAAUAUUUAUAAUUAUAACCUCAAUAUUACACUCGGAAAAUAACAUGAAACCAACGACGACCCUCACAUGUAAAGUGGACAGAGCGUAGUUCAAUUUACGUGCCGUCAAAUGCAUUCAGAACUUUAGUAUAAAGCACAUAGUUUUAAAGCUUGAUUGGAUUGGGAUUCGCGCACUCUUAAGCUUAAAGUACCACAGAACACUGAACGCCCUAUAGUCUUCCUUGCUCUGUUAUAUGACACAUUUAAAUGUCCAGUCAUCUUUCAAUAUUAAGCAGAUACAUAUUAUAUUGAAAAGUACUAACAGUGUCUUAAAUAAAAUACUUGACAAUUUUAAUUAAUUUAAUUCAAUAUUAUUUUAACGAACCGGUUUUUACUUGGUUAAGAACGCGGUUAGACUGAAGAUGCAAUUAAUUGUCCAGACUUGUAGCCGUGGCCGUAAAACACUUUAAAAAUUUUAAUUUUUUUUUAUAACAUUAACUUAAUCGUAUGCCAAAUAAAUCUGGUAGACGUCAGCCUAGAAGUUUUAUUAAUAUUAAAUUAAAAAAGAAAACUUUUGUUGUUUAUAUCCAUUUGAAUAUGAGGGUACUUCACUAUUAUUAGACUAUAAUGAACUUCGAUCAACUAUGAACGUCAGAAACAGAGCAAAUGCGCCGAGGAAAUGGCCAGUUUCAGUGGACGAACUGUGUGCAAUUAUAUAUUAUUGUACCAAAACUAAAUAAAUAAAUGUGCUCUAUGAAAAGACUUGUCUGUGAAUGUGGGGUUGUAUGCAUUAAUCUAUUUUAUUACCGAAAUCACAAGUUGAAAUCCUAAAUAAAAUCAACUAUUCACAAUAACACUCGUAUAAAGAAUUUUUUUUUAUUAACGAUGUUGCCCGAGCUGACUUGGACUAGCGAUUUAAAAAACCAUUGAUAAUUCUAUGUUCCAUUCGUUUGCUCUGAAAUCGUCCAUGAUAUAUUUUAAUAUUGUUAUUCACAACAUUGACAACUUAUUGCAUAUCUAAUCUGUGUUCAUGAAAUUUGUAUUAGAUAAAUGUUGUUACAUAAUUCCAUUGAUAUUUCAUAUUUAUAUAUUUGUGCACUCGCAUUUCACGAGCGAAUCAAAUGUUUGUAAAAAUAAAACCGGGGUGCUAUCUUUAAACCUGGUGUCUUAUUUCGAAUGGUUAAUCGAACUCGUAGAUAUCGAAUGAGACAUCAGUAGCAAAAUAGCACCCGUGGUUUUAAUAGUAUCUCGGCAAAUUAUUUAUUAAUAUUUUUUGAUGAACAUUUUCUGUUAUUAACUCGAAUAUGGAAAUGGGAUGUACAAUUGUACAGUUGAUAACGUUUAACAUGUAUAUUGCGAAAUAUAUUACAGUGAAUAAUUUGAUUGGGGCAAAAGUUUUCAUAGCAAUUUAUAUAAAUGAGCAUAUUUUAAAAACGUUUUAACUCUGUACAGUCUAAUUAUAAUCGUAUCUCUUUCUAGUUUUCACAUCACUUUUUGAAAGAUUUAUUGAGACGUUUGUCCCGACUUAAAAAUAUAUAUAUUGAAUGUACAUUGGUGUUUCUGUGAGGGUGUAGCUUGUUAUUCACAUUAUACAUAGGGUAGGAAUAUAAGUAUAUCCACAGACAUAUAUAUUUAACUAGAUUACACAACCAUCCUCUGAGAAGAUUUACCUUAUUACUAGUUUACAAUUAUAUUAUCCGUGUUUAAUCUUUUAUUUUCCUUUUUAUUAUUUAAUGCCUUCUUCAUUCACAUGGCCCCAAAGCACAUCGUCUUGCGUUUGAAAUAAAAUAGUAUCUAAUCUAGUAGGUUAUAUGUCUGUGUAAUAAGUAGGCGUCUGACGGACAUGUAUGUACAAUGUCUGGCACAUAAGUUUAAUCAAGACAUGUGUCUGCGCAGUUGCUAUAGUCGAACAUACCUUACCUCGACUUGGCUGGUACAUUUUACACAGAGAUGAACUAAGGUGCCAGACAAUGUAUUGGUAGCGUGUUAUACAAUGCAAAAUAAUUAUAACUUGUGAUAAGAGGUCCCUUGUAUAUAUUUUAUAAUGCUUUUAUGAUUUUUGCUACGAUUUUGUUUUCUAUAAUAAUGACUUUCAAUAAUAAAAGCAGUUGAUGAAUGUCGUUCGGUUAUAUAAUAUUAGUUUAUUGGGUUUAUGAAUAUAUGAACACAUUGCAUGUUAUGUACCUAUUACAAUCAGGGGAUGUGCGCUAAAACAUAAAACAACGUCUACAGUUAUCAAAAUGGGAGACAUAGUGGAUUGAAAUCAGUUAUUGUCUGGAAUUGACAGUUACAAAUCGACAAGCAAAACUUGACAAUCGUUGUGUUUUCGUAAUAUAAGUACAUCGGCAAUCCAAUGCAUUUGUUUUAAACGAUUUAUUUUAAUACUCUGAAAUGUUAUUCUGUCCAUUAAAAUAAUUAAGUAGUUAUAUUAUUUGAUUAGGGGGUUAUUUAAGGCUGUAAACAUCUAGAUCGUGUUUCGUAGAACUAUCACCCAAUCAUUUUUAAAUUUAUGUAUGGAUUCUUCCAACUGUCAAUAGUUCGAGUUCGCAUCGAACGAAAAUCCACUUAUUUGAAUUAUGAGUGAGUCGCUUAGUUCGGAAAUAGAACAUCAGUACCACUAAUAAUUUGUUUGAAAUUCCGUUUUUCGCAAAAUUAGGCAGUUGGGUAUAGUGAACCGGGACCAAGCAUCCGUGACCAGUUACAUUUUAAACGUGUUCUUACAAUAUUUUCAGGGUAUUUAGAAGUAACUAACCACAUUUUUUUUUUACAAAAAACAAAAAAGGAAUUUAUUUUUCUUAAUUCUGCUUAUUUUUGGCCACCUCUAUUUUGUAACAAACUUUAACCUUUUAUUUUUAAGUUUUACACUAAUUUGACAUUCCUUCAGCCGAUUCCGGGAUGUUACAAUCUUAUUUCUCUCUUCGGUCACCGAUGCUUAGUCUAUAAGACAAUAGUGCAAUAAAUCAAAGUGCUAGUUAAUCGUAUUGUUGAAUAAUUGAAAUAAAUAGUAAAAUAUCGCGUUCCGUUACUAUUGGAAUUGAAAGUGAGAGUAGAUUUGCACAGCUAGAAAUUAAUUUUGCUUGUAAUUUAUUUAUUUUUUUACUCAGAUUAUCUGUUUCGAAGUUAUUCAACAUUUAGCUGAAAUCCCACUGUCAUAAUUAUAAACGGAACGCGAAUCUUCAAUUGUUUUUAAUUUUAUAUUUACCAAACUGCAUAAUAUGAUAUGGCAUUUAACUUAAAAAUGAAUCAGGUUGAGGGGCCAAAGUAUGUGAUUUUUUUUUAUACAUUUUGGUUUCGCCUAGAAUAGACCCUCUCUAGAGUAAUGGAAUAAUAAUAGUUUUUGGAAGAAUGUGUUUUAAGCUACUUACAAAUUUUUAUCAUUCAAUUGUAAAUAAAUAUAGUGAUCAGUG